CUCAAUACGUAACUUGCGAGUUCUCAUGGAACGGCUCAACUCGCAAUGUCUAGUACAUGUGGAUUGAUGAGCUAUACGGAGUAUAGUGUCAACAACCAUUGUUACAACAAGGGACAGUGGACAUUGAUAUCCCCGGUAGUGCGAUGAUCAGCGGGACGCCCUGGUCACAACCUGCAGGCCCCAAACAAAGGACUAACUAUGUAACUUAGUUCAAUGAAUGCAUGGUGCUUAGAGACUCAGUUGAGUUUCAAACUACGAGAACUCGCCUCUGCAACAGCCUGGGUAGUACCCAAGACUGUAUUUCCGGCUUAUAUUAAGCUGCUCAACCUAUAACAGAUGAGAUCUUCGGACUCAUGGGAUGUAAUUCGAGUGCCCAUAUGAGCCCAUGCGAAUCUCAGAUACACUGUAUCAUAGACUUAUUCCUGUUUCGUGGGUGAUAUGGUGUUCAACGCUUGUAAGAACAUCGACGGGCAUUUGCAGAAAAGGAUUUCGGAGUGUUCUCGUAGGUUUUUGGCGUGCUACCCAAUCAAAGCAAAUUGAUUUAAUGUCGUGGAUGGGGGGUCAGGGCUCACGUCAUCUCCAAUCAUCCAUUAUAGGACCAUUUCGACAUUUGUGCGACAUAUAGUAAUGUAUAUCUAGUCCCGGAGGUUAUGAUCUGUGACGAGCACGACUGUGCUAUGCAAACAGCACACAUGGUGCUGAUCGGUGUUGUCGUCCGGUAGGGCUAACCUUGAAGGCUCUGACAGCGGAACCGGAUGAGACGGCGCGCCAAGUAGCAUAGUAACGGUCCUCUGGGCCCCUGUACCAGACAUCUGGGCACGCUCUGGCUGACUUGUUUAGCGAGUAAGGCUGCUCUGAAGAACGCUGCUCAUGACGCAAGACACACGACAACAAGCCCCAGGAGGAGCGUCAGUUGUUACGAUCAAGUUGUUGAGUACAAGGGCCAUGCGAAAAGAAUGAUAUUUAAACUGAGAAAUAGCUCGUUAAAAACUACUUGUG